AUGUGUCCGAUAUUUCGUAAUUUGGGCAGUCGCUAUGGGGCUUCCAAAUGCAUUGCGCGCUUAGUUAAUGUCGAAAUUCUCAAUGCUAUGAAAAUGCAAGAACUGGCACUGCAUCUUCAUUUUGUUGGAGCGAAGCCCACGGUUUUUCUGAUUGCAGUGCAUCCGCUUUUCCCGAUGUGUAAUCGUAAUCCAUCGUUGAGCGAAAUGAAAUUUGCUGCUGCCAACACAUUGAGCCUGGAGCGCCAAAUCCAUCAGCUACAGGAUAUAAUCCCAGGAUUUAUUCAAUUUUCACGUGCUUAUGAGCGAAAAUUGAAGAGCGACACGGAGUCCAUGAUGAACGAAUUCAAAUUUGCGAAACAGACGAUAAAUUCGUUGAGCAGAAAACUGGAAGAAAUAGCGGCAUUUCUUGAUCGUGUUCAACUGAAACCUGUGGUCAAGGAACCGUCUGUGAAAAUUGAACUUGAAACAGUAAUUAAAUUACGAACAAGCGCACGUUCCAACAGAACACCAGAAGAUGCUAUGUUAAUGGAAACGGAUAGGAAGUAUCUACUCAAUACAUUUGAAAAAACACUGAAAAGCUAUGAGGAAAAAGCAGGCGAAUUUUACAAUGCCUAUUUCGCAGGAUUGGAAUUCAUACUUAGGAACACAUUUGAUUUAUCCAGAGAAUUAAGCCGGACGAAGAAACAGUUACAGGAAAGCCUACAGCUGAUUGGUAUCACUGAAGAAACGAACCUGCAUCGUUUGGAAACAGUUAAGGCGGAGAAGGAAGGUACGAAUUAUAUAUCAGCUGAAUUCAAUGCUGAUCUCUCCAUAACCUUGAAAGAAUUGGAACAACAUGCAAAACAGCAGAAAAUGAAAGCGGCUAAUUCACUGGAAGCUACAAAACAGUGGCUUUGUCUUCUAGAUACGUAA